GCGAUUCCCUCCGUAAAACAUGGCGGCCUCCGGCUGCAGAAAUGUGAAAUUGUCCAAAGGGCAGAAAAAGUUGUUGAGAAAACAAGCGAAAGCGCAACACGUCCUCCUGAAGCAAGAUGGUAUCGCAACUGUAUCUGUGCCGACUAAACACUUGGUUGUAGCCAAUGGCGGCCUGGGCAAUGGUGUCAGCCGGGAGCAGUUGAAUGAAGUAUUACAGAAGUUUGGAACAGUGGAGACCCUUCUCAUGUUGCCUCAUAAACCACAUGCAUUUGUAACAUACAGUGCAAUUCAGGAGGCCACGGAGGCAUACAACGCUCUUAAUGGACAAAACCUAAACAGUGGUGAAAAUACAAAACUCGUCACUUUAUAUCUAAACUUUGUGGAGGAUGUUGUUAGUGAAGAUGUUUCUCAUUCAAGCCUACCACCAGGUCUUCUGGUGGUUGAAGACUUCAUUUCUACUGAAUAUGAGAAGAGGCUUUUGGUAUUUGCAGAUGGAAGCCCAAAUACAACAGUGGAAAAUGCCCAGAGAUCUCUGAAACAUCGAAGAGUGAAGCAUUAUGGUUAUGAAUUCCGCUAUGACAACAACAAUGUAGACAAAGAUAAACCCCUACCUGGAGGUCUUCCUGAGAUUGUUGAUGACAUUUUGGAGCAGUUCAUAAAAAAGGGAUACGCAAAAUUUAAACCUGAUCAACUAACGAUAAAUCAAUAUGAGCCUGGACAAGGGAUUCCUCCCCACAUUGACACUCAUUCAGCAUUUGAGGAUGGGAUCUUCUGUUUGAGCCUUGGAGCUGAGACAGUGAUGGAUUUUAAGCAUCCAAAUGGCCUUAGUGUUGCAGUGAUGCUGCCUCGUCGUAGUCUGCUCAUAAUGACUGGUGAAUCCAGAUAUCUUUGGAGUCAUGGAAUUACCCCUAGAAAGUUUGAUGUGGUGACAGCAUCAGAGAUGCAAAAGACUGGUACCAUCACUGAUGACAUCAGUAACCUGACUUUAAAUAAAAGGGGAGCGAGGACAAGUUUUACCUUUCGGAAAGUCAGAACAAGAUUGUGUGAUUGUGCUUACCCAGUAGUCUGUGACAGUCAGAGUACUCGGGAGUGCAAGGAUACACCCACAUUGGUCCCAAGUAGUGAUGUGGAUGCCUCAAAGCUGGAGCACAAGUAUGUACAUGAUGUCUAUGAUGAGAUUGCUGGUCACUUCAGCAGUACUAGGCACACCCCAUGGCCUAAAGUGUCUGAAUUCCUGAAAGCACUGCCAGCUGGAUCUUUUGUGGCUGAUGUUGGUUGUGGAAAUGGCAAAUAUCUAGGUGUGAACAAGAACCUUUUCAUGGUGGGAUGUGAUCACAGCAAAAGUCUUGCUCAUAUUUGCAGAGAGAGAAAUUUUGAGGUCUUCAUCUGUGACGGCUUGCUUAUGCCCAUGCGCAGUGGUGUUUGUGAUGCCUGUAUAUCUAUAGCUGUUGUGCAUCACUUUUCAACAGAGGCUAGACGGCUGACAGCCAUCAAAGAGAUUGUAAGACUUCUACGACCAGGAGGCAAGGGACUUAUUUAUGUUUGGGCUAUGGAACAGGAACGUGACAAUAUAAAAUCUAAAUACCUCAUGGAAAGAAAAAGAACAACCAAAACACAAGAAAAGUACACGACAAUGCCAAUAGUGAAUGAAGAUCAAGAUAUGAAUCAAGUUGAUUUAGCUCAUUUCAAUCAGUUGGAAGAUAAUUGUAAAGACAAAAUGAAUGAAAAAGACAGUGCAAAGCUGUCUGUUCACACAAAUAGAACCUAUUUUGAGUCACAAGAUCUACUUGUUCCUUGGCAUUUGAAAGCUGGAGUUAAACUGGAUAGUGUCUCAUCAUUGCCCCCUCGUGGGACCAAAGACAUUACAGUUUUCCAUCGUUACUAUCAUGUUUUUUCUGCUGGUGAAUUAGAAAACCUAUGUCAUAGUAUACCUAAUAUGAGAAUCAUAAAGAGUUAUUAUGAUCAAGGGAAUUGGUGUGUGAUAAUUGAAAAAUACUAAAAUGUAAGAAAAAGUUAUUAUGUACUUGUAAUCCCACAUUUAAAUUUAAUUUGU